UAUUCACCGACUGACCUUGAAUUGGUUGAACCACUGCUUGUUUCCUCUCUCCCUUUCCAUUCUUUCGGACACAGGCAAUCUGCUUCGCCAUGUCUUCCUUCUUUGGGGCGUCGACGUCCACAACUGCCGCAAACAGCACUAGCACCGACAAGGAUCUUGAAGUCGCUGACCCCCCACCAGAUUCGAUUUCAUCUUUGUCCUUCUCUUCACAAGCAGACUAUCUGGCCGUUGGCAGCUGGGAUAAUAGUGUAAGGGUCUAUGAAGUUGGAACAAGUGGCCAAACGCAAGGGAAGGCGAUGUACCAACAUAACGGUCCAGUUUUAGACGUCUGUUGGAACAAGGAGGGCAAUAAAAUAUUCUCUGGUGGAGCUGAUAAUCAAGCUAAAAUGUUCGAUGUAACGACGGGUGCAGCUAUGCAAGUGGCUCAGCAUGAUGCUCCUAUCAAGGUCGUGCGGUGGGUUGAAUCACCGAAUAUGGGGGUAUUAGCCACCGGUAGCUGGGAUAAAACGAUCAAAUAUUGGGACCUCCGCGCUCAACAACCUGUGGCAUCAGUUCAACUCCCGGAACGGUGCUAUAGCUUUGAUGUCCAAUACCCUCUUUUGGUCGUCGGAACAGCUGAGCGUCACAUCCAAGUCUUUAACCUCAACAAUCCUACAACGCCAUACAAGACCAUGCCAUCGCCUCUGAAAUGGCAAACACGCGUCGUGUCCUGUUUUACAGCAUCCCAAAACUCGGGAUUCGCCGUUGGUAGCAUCGAAGGUCGGGUGGCUAUCCAAUAUGUGGAAGAUAAGGAUAACGGGAGCAACUUCUCUUUUAAAUGUCACCGAAAGGACACAGUGCCCAAUUCCAAGGAUCAGGGAAUGGUUUUUGCCGUCAAUGAUAUAUCAUUCCACCCGGUGCAUGGAACCUUCUCGACAUGUGGCUCCGAUGGUUCUAUUCACUUCUGGGAUAAAGACGCUCGCACCCGUCUCAAAUCAUUUGAGAUCAGCAAGGACUUCCCUGGACCGAUCUCCUGCACCGGAUUCAAUCGAAACGGAAACAUCUUUGCCUACGCCAUUUCUUAUGACUGGUCCAAGGGGCAUUCAGGUAUGACACCUGGACACCCCAACAAGAUAAUGCUGCAUGCUUGUAAGGAUGAGGAGGUCAAGAAGCGCCCCAGAAAGUAGCGCUUGUACAGUAUAUGUUUUGUUCACAACAGUAGCAAUCUUAGCUAUAGGCGUCUUUUGUUUUCCGAUGAAUGAUUCUGCUGCUCAUUUGGUCCCUCUGGUAAAAGAUAUACAGUAUGAAAGUCAACGAAUGUAGUGAGAUAGGUGAUCAGGUGUAGGUAGCAUAGUUACUAUAAUAAACCUGAGUGCGUUAAACGCACCAGGCCCUCUCUUUAAUAAAAUCUGUUAUGC